AUGAUAAAUUGUCUUACCACAGCUUUAAUUCUACAAAGAAAUGGGUUUCUGGUGGAAAUUCUAUCUGAAUAUUGGCCUGGCGAUUUAAAUAUUAAUUAUUCAAAUCCUUGUGCAGCGGCAGCCUGGAGAGCUAGUCUUUAUAUCGAAGAUGAAAGGAACCCAGAAACUGGAUUAAUGUGUGUACAAAUUUAUGACUUUAUGGAUAAAAAACCUGAUUUUGGAAGUGAUAUUUGGUUUAAAGAUUUUUUCAGAGUGAUACCUCUAGAAGAACUGACAUCUGGUGUCGAAUAUGGAGUGUCUUAUGUAACAGGUUCACAAUUAAUCUAUAUUCAAAUUUCUGCAUUUAUGCAAAUAACACAUUUUGAAUGUUUAUUAAUAAUAGUUAGUUUAAAUGUUCAAAAAUAUCAACAAUGGUUACUUGACCAAUUCAUCGCUAGUGGCGGAAAAAGAAAAAAAGUUCAUCUUAAUGAAUCAUUUUUUAAUGAUGACGAAAUUGAUAUGGUAGUAAAUUGCACAGGGGUCAAUGCUAGAACUUUUAGUGGUGUGAUGGAUAACACAGUGCUUCCUUCACGUGGCCAAACUAUUUCAGUUUGGGCACCACAUAUUAAAACAGUACAUAUCCUAACUAAAGAUAAAAGUUUACAAAUUAUAAGACAUAAUGUCGGGCGAAGACCUUAUAGAAAAAAUGGUAUUCGAGUAGAAGUUGAGAUCACAAAGAAUGCUACAUAUAAAGAUGUCAUAAUUUGUCAUAACUAUGGACACCACUUUUACGGUAAUGCAUUUAAAAAUACAAAAGAUUGGGAUUCAUGUUUAGAAGCUUUUAAACUUAUUGAAGAAAAUAUUCAAAGAAAUAUAUAG